AUGACAGAUCAAUUCACAGACCAUAUUUACACAUCCUAUAUCACUUCUACCCUCUCAUCAGUUGAGACUAAUCAUUUACCCAUUAAUACACUCACUGAUAAAAUCAAUCUCCCGAUUGGCCACCCGGAAUCAAUCAAAAUUUCUCAAUUCCAGAUUGUGUUGAAUGGACUCGUAUCAAAUACAUCUCGAUUAGAUAAUAAUGCAUGUAACAAUUUAAUUAUUGCUAUAUUACGCUAUAACUGGUUAGACAUCACAGACCCUCUUUUUGCAAAAGCAUAUUCCCGCUUUCUUAUCACGCUAGUAUCAACUUUCCCGAAAUACCUCCAUGAAGUACUCAACAAAUUAACUCACGAAUUCACUUCUCCAAACACAUCCCAACACCAUCAAAUCCUUGCCCAAAUCAUUACCUACAUCCCUACAUCAAUCAACUCACUCCCCCAGUUUUUUAAGAAAAAUUUCCCCCAUCACAUAUCUUCGACCACUACCGAACUAACCAACUAUGUGCAGAACCUCGUCAAGGUCUUAGACUACUCCCCUGAGUUACAAUUCCCCAUAUAUCAACUCAUCAUUGAAGUUAGCAUAAAACUAGAUGUUGAACUUCAAAACCAACUCGAUGAGGAUGAGGAAGAGAUUGAGGAUCUUCUCGAUGACCCUGACUUGGGAUUAUCGAAACUCGACAACAUCAUUAGUAUAUUAUUGAAUUGCACUUCUCCUCAUUUCACCAUCGAUCAAUUAAAUAGUGGUCAGGGAAUCACUCUAUUCAACACUAUCACUUCCCUCUUCAAGUCCCAUAUCUUGCCCACCCAUUUUACUAAACUGAUACAGUUUAUAUUAUUCCACAUCACCCAGUAUCAACCCGAAUUGGCCGAUUCAUUCUUAGUUUUACUCAUUGACGUAGCAUUCAACCCAGCAGAAACUUUAGAGAUACGUCUUAAAUCAAUCCAAUAUCUUUCCUCCUAUAUUGCCAGAGCUAAAAACCUUUCAUCCCAUCAAAUCACUUUUAUUGUCAGUUACCUCGUUGGUUGGCUCAACAAAUUCAUCAUUGAAAGAGAACAAGAAGUACACCUUGGUGGUAUGGAACGGUUCAAACUAUUUUAUUCGACAUUCCAAGCAUUACUCUACAUUUUCUGUUUCCGUCACGAAUUACUCAUCACCAGCACCACCACCACCACCAAAUUCUUCCAACGGGCCAUUCUCACUAAAUUCAAUCCUCUCAAGUUUUGUGACGAAACUGUGGUACACAUCUUUGCCAAACUCGCCACCAGACUCAAUGUCUGUUAUUGUUAUUCCAUCAUUGAACAUAAUAAACGUGAAAGAAUGUUGCAAACAACUGGAUUACCUUCAGCAGUGGCCAAUUUUAAACAAAAACAAGAGUUUUUAGAUUUGGAAGCUUAUUUCCCAUUUGAUCCAUUAGUUUUACCCAUUAGCAAAUCCAUUGUUGCUCCAAACUACAUAGAAUGGUCAGAUGUUAACCCUGAAGAAGAUAGUGAGUCAGAGAGUGAUUCAGAUGAUACAAUUUAG